GGAUGUCUAUCCCACCCCGACACCCAGCCCUCCGGUCCAUGGUCAACACGGACUGAUCCUCCUUGCCUGACCGCGCCGCCGAAAUCACUCUGCAGCAUGCGCGCCUAAUUCCACCCAAGUCUUCUCUCCCAGGCCUAACCCUCCCACUCCCCCCUCCUCUUCCGGGCUUGGAUUGAUUUCUUCUUUCCUCGGUUCUUCUUCCUCAGCUUGCGCAAGAUCCGUUUCAGCUGGCUGCUUCCCUUGGACUACCCAUGGUACAGAAAAUUGGUCGAGUCAGAGCAUAAAAUAAGAGUGGAGUGCGGUUAAUUUGCCACAGGAUGGAAUCCCUGUGGAAGCUGACCUACUUGCUUGAGCCGGCAUCACUUGCUCUCAUAGCAACUGCCGUUUCUGUGGCCUAUGCAUCAGCAUCGCGUGCUCUGGACUACGGCAAGGAGAUGGAGAGGAACUUAGAUUUUUCAGAGGCCUCCAUCACAUUGGAUUGGUCACAAGCCUUGACGAUUCCUCUUGCAAGCUCAUGCAGUUUGUUGCUGAUGUUCUAUUUGUUCUCAUCUGUUUCUGAUCUCAUGACAGCCUUUACUACUGUGGCCUCAGCGAUGGCACUCUUCUUCUGUCUGUCUCCGUACAUCACCUACCUCAAGUCACAAUACAAUUUAAUGGAUCCUUUUGUGUCGAGGUGCUGCUCAAAGUCAUUUACCCGGUUGCAAGGCUUGCUGAUGCUGUUCUGCAUAGUCACGGUGUUAGCCUGGUUGGUGUCAGGGCAUUGGUUGCUAAAUAAUCUACUGGGGAUUUCCAUAUGCAUUGCAUUUGUCAGUCAUGUGAGGCUUCCCAACAUAAAGAUUUCUGCGCUGCUUCUUGUCUGCUUGUUUGUGUACGAUAUUUUCUGGGUGUUCUUCUCAGAGAGGUUCUUUGGAGCAAAUGUCAUGGUCUCUGUUGCCACUCAGAAGGCAUCUAAUCCUGUUCAUACAGUAGCAAAUAAGCUCAGUCUGCCUGGGUUGCAGUUGAUUGCAAAGAAGUUGGAGCUUCCGGUCAAGCUUGUCUUCCCCAGGAAUUUGUUGGGUGGGAUUGUUCCAGGAAGCAGUCCUGGUGACUACAUGAUGCUUGGCCUUGGAGACAUGGCCAUUCCAGGGAUGCUUCUAGCUCUUGUGCUCUUUUUUGAUAACCGGAAGCACAAGGAUGUGAAUGUUCCAUCAGACGUGUCUCCAUCAAAACGGCGGAAUUAUGUGUGGUAUGCCCUAAUAGGGUAUGGUAUUGGCUUGGUAGCUGCACUGGCUGCUGGGAUCUUGUCUCAGUCUCCCCAGCCCGCCUUACUGUACCUGGUACCAUCGACGCUGGGACCUGUCAUGUACUUGUCAUGGUUAAGGAACGAGCUGUGGGAGCUCUGGGAAGGCUUUGGGCCGAUUAUAAACGAGAAAGCUCGCUUGUUGGAGGUCUGAGAUCCAACAGGACCAUAAGAAUCUCAGCCCCCUGCGAUGUAAUCUAAUUAAAAAUUACAACUCCUCAUACUGAAGGAGAAUAUUUAUAAGAUAGGAUGGUCUAGUAAUGUUAGCUUUUACCCUGUUAUCCUCGCAAGAGGAAACAGAUGUAUCACUUAACUCCCAGUAAUUGAAAGGUUCAAUGCAUUUCUUAAA